GAAAUUCAUGUCUGGCACACAAGGUCCUUUGAGCUGAGAGGAUUUAUUAAGCUUCACCGGUGCACAUACACUCUGCUGCAAACUCAUUUAUUGCCUAUGCAGGAGAGAACCAACCUUUACAGAACAUCACAUUGAUCCCGUAUCUGUCUCUUGUAAAGACUGUGCUCUUGGAGAGGUUGUGCUAAUAUGAGUUUACAUAUUCCAUUAAAAGUUUAACAAUGUGGAAAUAGUUUCAGCUGGCAACAGCUCUCGUGGUACUGAGUGGACAUGUUUUUUUUCCACCAAGGCCAGAACAUUUUUUUUUUUGUACGUUUUUCUUUGUGAACCGUACUUUGAGCAAUAACUAAUAAACCAAAUAAAUACAUUUAAAAAUAGUCGCUGUUUUAAGCUGAGGGUUUCAAGAAAAGCAACAAGAAGGGGCAGAUCUCAAGCUGUAUAUGCUUUUUGUUUUGGGGAUAUUAAAGCCUGAUAUGAGCUCUCUCUGCAGGAAACUUUCUGGCCUCGGGAGGGGUAUUGAUUUUAUUUUCUUCAUGAAAAAACAUGAAUCUUUUGGGCAAAUUAGAUCUAUGAUCUCUGAUUCCAAUGCACAAAUGCAAAAUAAACAAAUAAAUGAAUAGAUCAAAAUCUAAUUAUGAGGGACUCAAGUUGAUUAGUGGAUAACAGUCAACAAGAAGACCCUUGAACUUUGAGUGUGUCUUGCUAAUCGUAUCACCCUCAAUUAACUUUAUUUCUUAGUAGCGGACAAACCUCUUUGGAGGAGGGGAAAGUCGAGAGGGGGAGAGAGGGGGGAGGGAGUGUGUGUGUGUGCCUGCAUGCCCCCUGCCCCAGCCCUCCUCCGCCCCCUCUUUACAGAACUGCCAGCCCGUCUAGAGUUAUUCCAGGAAUGCGUUGAACAUGGCUGCCGCGAUGAAGGCGCAGAAAACGGGACUGCUGGAACUUCGAGUGACCGUGGACCGCUGGAUCCGCGUGUUGGCCACGCUCACCGAGGACACGCUGACGGUAAACCCCGGCGAGGGCGCAGAGGAGCCCGCCAAGCCCAGCCCGAGCCCCGCCGGCGCGCUCAACGGAGACCCCCCGAACCUCAGCUCGUCCCCGGUCCCGGAAACCAUCACCAACGUGAAGCGCACCGUGCGAGUUACCAAGCAAGAUGUUGGAGGGCUCGGAAUCAGCAUUAAAGGUGGCAAGGAAAACAAGAUGCCAAUCCUCAUCUCCAAAAUCUUUAAGGGCCUGGCGGCUGACCAGACUGAGGCGCUCUACGUUGGCGAUGCCAUCCUGUCCGUCAACGGCUACGACUUGCGGGAGGCCACACACGAUGAGGCUGUGCAAGCGCUGAAAAAAACUGGCAAAGAAGUGAUCCUUGAAGUGAAGUACAUCAAGGAGAUGUCCGCCUUCUUUAAAAGCUCCGGGUCCCCUGGAGCAGGCCUCCCGUGGGAUUCUCCCCCUUCCACACCUCAGAAGGCUCCCGAGUUGUCCCAUGCUGAGGCGAAGGAACCCCGCUGCAUCCCACUAAAGAUGUGCCAGGUGUUACGAAAACAGUGCCCCCCAGACACAGAAAAUAGGUAUUUCGAGGUGAUUUCAUCCAACAGAAAGAACUCUGUGUUCCUGCGGGCAAAGGACCCAGCUAUGGCCCAGUCCUGGUACAAUGCCAUCCAGGCCGGAGCUGCCAACCUUUUAGCACGAGUGAAGGAUGAAAUGAAGAGCAUGCAGCCUGGUAUGGAGGUCAGACAUCUGGGCUGGAUUACAGAGCAGGUGUCUCAUGGCCCAGAGAAACCUAUUCUGGCUGUGUUGACCAACAAGGACCUGCUCCUGUAUCCCUGCCUGCCUGAAAGCAGAGAGAGCCUCAGCAGCCCCACCAAGAGCCACUCGCUCAUCACCACCAGAUUGGUCCACUCUGGCCCAGGAAAAAGUUCUCCUCUCCUGGACUCUGAGCUGUCGUUUGGCCUGCGUUCGGGUACCAAGCAAGGCGUGGAGACUCAUGUCUUCAGGGUGGAUUCUGCCAAGGACCUGUCCACUUGGACUCAUCUGCUGGUGGAGGGUUGCCACAGUGCCGCUGAGCUCAUCAAGGAGGUCACCACAGCCUGCAGCUGGAAUGGGAAAGAGUGUACCCUGGGAGUGCACAUCGAUGAUGGUUUCACGCUAUUCACAGAAGAAAUGGGUGUCAGGAAAAGUAUUCUCCUCCAGCAGCCCUUUGAGCGCCUCAGGAUGUCCUCGGACGACGGAGUUCGUAUGAUAUUCCUAGACUUCGGAGGCCCCGAGGCUGAGAUUCAACUGGACCUCCAUUGUUGCCCUAAGACCAUAGUCUUCAUCAUCCACUCUUUCCUGUCUGCUAAGGUCAAGCGACUUGGCCUCCUGGCAUGAUGAUGGCCAAGCAUCUAGAACAUCACAAUAGGAAUAUUCAAGAAAACAUACGGCCCAGAAGACUCUGAUACUCCAGACAACGGAGCCCAGGAGAUCAAGCUGUCUAGCCCUAUUUUUUUUUUCUGGCCUUCCUUGGCCUCUAAAAAUGAUCAUCUGGGGUCACACACCUCCUGGUUUUUCCAGUGGAAAGAGAGAAAAACUGCAGCAAUGAUGGACAUUCUUGUUGAACGUGUAGAUGUAAGAUAAAAAAAGAGGUCAGUAGCCUCUUAAAGAAUCUGACACCUGUUUAAUUGAUGGCAAGCUGAAUGAAUCUGACAGACAGCCUGUAUGUUAAUGUUUCCAAGUUUGAAGUCCCAACCAUUUUUUUUUGUCCCAUUGUUUAGUUUUAUUUCACGAGUCACGACAGGCCUUUGUCACGAGCUUCCUUUCAUCUUUCAAUCUUUGCUUUAUGUGCUGAGAGCAGUCAUAACAAAAGUUAUUUCACAAAUGUCCUGAUUGAUGUUGGACAAACAUUUUUUUUAUAAAAGGCAACUUGAGUGAAGUGACAGGAUGACACGUCUGAUCACGAUCAAUCGUCUGUACUGAACAAUGUUCAGCAUGCAACCAUAAUGAUAUACUGUGUCUAUGUGAAGUUGCCUUUACCCUGAGGUUUAAGAAUUUAAAAAGAAAACAUGCUUUUCUACACAUGAACAACUUAUUUUAUUUUUCUCUUUGUCUCUCGUUCCUGUUUUAAUCCCACUCAUCAUCUGUGGCCUAACAAAGAGAUUAAUAUAUUAUAAAAGUUUGUACUUAUUGUGUAUUAAUCAACAAAUUACAUAAAAUAUUCCUGUAUAUCCUAUAUUCCUAUAACAACAUAAUAAUAAUUUCACUGUCAAUGGCCUUAGCCAGCAGUAUCACAAUUUUGACCUUGUUUAAUUUUAGCACAUGUUAAGUACUGAAUCUCAGCUUUUAUGUUUUUGCAUUUAUACCAACAAAGGUAUGCUUAAAGAAUACUAAGCUAAGAAGCGAAGCCAAUUCUGUUUGAAUAAGCUUUCAUAUAAAACACUGUUUUCAUUUCAAUGUGGAAAGAGACAACAUUUCAGUGUUUACUCAGUGUGAUGUAACUGGUAUUAUAGUUUGAGUCACUUUUGACACAGUCUGUAAUAUAAAAGCUAAUGCCCUGAUAGCUCCUCAAAAGUGAGGCCAAAGCACUUGGAGCUCCCCCUGGUGGCUGGUUGCAGUAUAGGUCCGUAUAGGUAUGGAUGGAACUGAGACUGAACUAAAACACAAAAAACAAAUUAUUUGGUUUCAACAAUGAUUUCUGUCUUACUAGGUUAAUGUUAAUAUGAUGCUGAUGUAUGUUCAUGUAUCCCAUUGAGAAGUUUUGUUGCAGUUGUUAUUAAAACAGGAUGUGACAUCAUGAUUGACAGUUGCCACUGACAGCUGGUCCCAUAGGAACGAAGGAGUAGGAAAAAAGUGUAAAAUCCAAAAUCCGGAGGAAUGAACGGGACCUGUAUUCCUGGAAUUCCUGAAAUUGGGAAUGUGGCAUGCAUUUUUUAUACAGUCUAUGCUAUUGUCGUAGCAGCAACUACCAACAACACAGCAGGAUACAAAACAAUGCUUCUUCCUUCUCAACACCUUAGAAGGAUGAAGUAUGUUAUUUAAAGGAGUAAAGUGGAGUCAUCAGUAUUUCAUAUGGAGUAGUGAUAUAGAGUGUUGCUUUUUGCUAACAAGUAAAGAUGGCAGGUGUUGGCAUCAAUGUAGAGUGGAAAGGAGAAAAAAAAUUAGGUGAAAAGUGAAAAUGCAUUGAUGCAUUUAGUUUUUAAUAUAGACAUGAAAGCAAGGGAAAUGUGUUAUUUAUUUUACAAAAUAAUAGAAACUGCAAGUUUCUGAUUUGUUACUUAUUCGUGUGAUAGUCAGUAAAAAGAUAAUAUAUGAUCAGUGCCUCCAGCACCGUCCUUACUGAGGGGUUAACACUAACCAUGCUAGCAGCCACAUGUCUCAUCAUUUUUGGCCUUGUUCUCUGCAGCAUUAGCAGCAUAGCUACCACCAUCAGUCCAGCUAAGGAUGACAACUGAAAGUCUCUUGUGAGUCUUCUCCAGUCCCAGAGUCCUGUGUGUCCCACUUUUUUGUGUGUUUUUCUUUUUUUUUUCCUUUUGCUGGGUAGAAUUGCAGUUGUGGUUCCAACGACUACUACUUCAGUCACUAAAAAGCUACUGACCAUUACUGUCAAACAAAACACUUUGACUGUGACAUAAACCAAGCUGUCACUUUCCAGGUAGAGUGCAUAACAGUUGACAGAAUUGCACAGUAAAAGCGAGGCUGGUCGUCUUAUAGCCUCUUUUACUUCAUAGGUUACAGCAAACAAAAGCUUACAUAUAUACACACACACACUUUUUACACAAUCUGUCCAAUACUAUGAUAUGAUGUGAAAGAUGUUUACAUCAUAACAUGUUCAAUCAUUUGUUUCUUUAUUGUUAUAAAGAUUAUUAACGUUGAUUGAACAUCUACAGUUUGGGGCCUUUCUCUCUCUUUCUCUCUCUCUCUCUUUCUCGUCGACACUAAACAGACUUGUAUUAAUAUAUAUUUGAGAACUAAAAAAAAGUUUGCUUUCAAGAAUAAAAUGUGUUGUAUAUUCUUAUUUAAACAAAGGUGUGCCUUGCAGGGUUGUUUGUAUAUAAACAUGUAAUAAACUUUGUUAACUUUUA